AUGCCGCUCUCGAGUAGGCGUCGCACGCGCCGCAAGGAUAUCCAACUGCAAGACACCUCCGACGUGGAGGCGCCGGAUUCUUCUCCCAGCCGCCCUGCGAGCAAGAAGCGCAAGGUCGAGCCAAGACCGCCGUCACCAUCGCGAAAUGUGCAAACGCCAGAGCCUGCGGCCUCGGCCGACGACGCCGAUCGCUCGUCCCCGGAAAACGACCUGUCCGCAAACCAGGAUCUCGUCGAGACCGUCAUUGCCUCGCUGAAUGUGUCCAGAGACGAAGUCAACGUGCUGCGCGACCACUCCAAUGCAAAAUCAGAGAAUAAGCAGUCGGUGCAGGCAUAUGCGAAGAUUGCCGGUCGCGACUGGACCUACUAUGUCAAGACGCUGCAUGUCAACAUUGGACGCCCCCCCGAUCGCGACCAUAAACUCGACGAGCAGUCGAGUCCCGUCACCAUCGCCGCCCGCGCCCUGCCUGAUGUGCACGUCGAUUUGGGCCCCAGCAAGUUUGUUUCGAGAUUGCAUGCCGAGAUCUUCUUUGAUGGCGAAGAGUCCGCCGCCUGGCGCAUUCGCGUCAACGGCCGCAACGGCGUGCGGGUCAACAAUGUGAUGCUGAAGCGAGGCUCGGACGCCGUGCUGAACAGUGGCGACAUUGUGGAAAUCGCCAACACUCAGAUGAUGUUUGUUACUCCCGAUGACAAAGCCACUAUUCACCCGGCCUUUGUCGAACGUGCCCAGCGCAUCGCGGCUGGCGAGGAAGUGCCCUGGGAUGGUUCGCAGCAUGCACAUCCUAGCUAUGACGUGGCGCACAUGGGCACUGGUGUCGCCAGUGCUGCGGUCUCCGGUGCAUUCCCCGGCAAGCCAUCACUGGCACCUGCGCCUCAAUUUCUCAAGCGCCAGGUCACUCCACCGCCGCGGUCUCCAGAUACCGCCGCCGGUGGUCUAACAGCGACAAAGACAUCGCCAUUGUACAAUCGCGGCAUGAUGAUGGAGAGUACCGAAGAAAUUGACUACAGCCAGGACUCCGCCAAAGACUUGAAGCCCCCAUACAGCUAUGCGACGAUGAUUGCGCAGGCCAUCUUCUCAAGCGAAGAGGAGAAACUCACCUUGAGCAGCAUCUACCAAUGGAUCAUGGAGAAGUACGCCUUCUACCGCCACUCUCAGAGCGGCUGGCAAAACUCUAUUCGACAUAACCUGUCCCUGAAUAAGGCCUUUCAAAAGGUGCCGCGUCGGACUGAUGAGCCUGGGAAAGGAAUGAAGUGGAUGAUUGCGCCGGAGUAUAGACAGGAGUAUUGGAAGAAGCAGUUACGGAAAGGAAACAACUCUUCGGCACCAUCAUCGCCAGCUACUAAAGAACCCCCAUCCUCCGCUCGCGCCGCUAACGGGCAGGCCGCCUCGAGUUAUGAAGGGAUCUUUUCGGCGACAAAGACCUCCCCACAAGCGCCAUCUCCUGGAUUUAGUUCCUUCUCGGUGGCUCCGGUUGAAGCUUACACGCCGGAAAGAGGAUCGCGAAUCGGCCGGGCUGAUCUUACACGAAGCGGAGGAAAUGCCGACUUUGACGAGCAGUCCCCUCUCCCGACACGGACACGGAACGACAAUCAUGACAACGGCAACAACAGUCGAAAUAUCACCAACAACAAUAGCGAGAGUGCGGCAAAUCGCGCGUAUGGAUUGUCGGGAACUGCUACCGGGUCUCCCCCCGUACUCUCAUCCUCAUAUUAUGACGAGGGGCCGUCGUCGAUGAUUACACCUGCGCCUCAACGCCAUCAGCCACGACUGCCUCCUCCCAGCACCGCGCAGAUCCCGUCCAAAUUCAUGCCCAUGAGCUCGCCGGCCCAGUUUUGGAAAUUCGCUGAUAUUGGCAGUACGCCUGCGCGACUGGUGCCUGACAUGAGCCCCUUGAAGGGUGGUACGAGUGGUAUACUGGGUGAUGGACUGAUGCCGAGCAGCAGUCCGCCACCGCCAAACUUUGCCAGUCCCAGCAAGCCGAGCACGUCCAAUGUCAGGGCUCUUGGUCCGAUUAAGCGGGAGGAGGGGCCGGAGCAAAUCCGGAAUCAUCUACAGGCAGAUGAGGAGGAGGGAGACGAGGAGGGGGGAUUCGAUUUAGCGAGGGGCUUCCAACCUAUUGGAUCAUAUCAUCGACAACUGAACAACUCGGCACGGGCGAGUGCUACAUCUUAA